UUCACAAACUUCCUGCUCUGGGCUCGGCAGCCACCCUGAACCAGGCCACCUCAACGGAGGGUUCGGAGGCCACAUUUGAGGCCCAGGCAGGGCCCAGGCGGGGCCCAGGGGGGGCCCGGAGUGGGAAGAUGGCCGAUGGAGGCAGCGACCUCAGCACCAGGGCAUCCACAGAAGACCAGAACAUUGAUGACAGACUUAUCUAUGAGACUCUAUUCAAACACUUCAAAAGACACAAGGUGGAGAUUUCAAAUGCAGUAAAAAAACCAUUUCCUUUCUUUGAGUGCCUCCGGGACCGUGAACUCAUCACCAAUAAACUGUAUGACGAUUGUCAAGAUUCUUGUAGAAACCUGAUCCCUGUACAAAGAGUGGUGUAUAAUGUUCUCCAUGAACUGGAGAAGACAUUUGACUUGCCACUUUUGGAAGCAUUGUUCAGCGAGGUCAACAUGCAAGAAUACCCUGAUUUAAAUCGUAUUUAUAGGAGCUUCGAAUAUGCAAUCCAAGAGAAAAUUAAUUACCAAGAAAGUGAUGAAGAAGCAGUGGACAAGAGUCCUAAUAACCAACUGAGGCUUAGGCAAGGAACUGGUGAAAACUCAUAUCGAAGCCUGACCUGGUCAUGCCCACAAUCCUCAUCUUACCACGGUAUAACCCCACCUGAAAAUAGACUCUUGGAGAACCUCUGUGAACCAGAACAGAUAAAUGCAAACAGAACAGAUACAACCAGUGACAAAAAUGAUGCACUAGAAAUCCAACAAGCAAAUGAGGAGUGUGCCCAAGAAUCUGAGCCAGCAGAGUCCUGUGAAGAAGCACCCAUCCAAGUGAGUAACGGAGACACAAGAGAAGUCACACCCAGCCCAUUGCCCUCUGAUGGAGAAAGAGCAGAGCUACCCAACCAUGGAAUCCAAUUCAACUCCUGUUCUGUAUAUCUGGUGGAUAUAAAGAAGGAAAAGCCAUUUUUUAACUCGAGAGUUGAACAGCAAGCCCAAGUGAGGACUAACUGUAACCAGGCAUCUGACAUAAUAGUGAUCAGCAGUGACUCCGAGGAAUCCAGUGAUGAAGACGAGCCCCCAGAAGCCUCCACGUCAGCACUGGAAAGCGGGCCUGUGACCAAUAACCUUGACUCAUUAGAAUCAAGUGAGAGAGGAGAGUCCCAAGAAGCCACCUGCUCAAGACUUCAGAUUACACUAGACUCCAUGGAUUUCAGAAAAUCGCCUACAUUCAGAAAAAGAGUUUGGAAAGUAGUGAAAAGAUGUGAUGACUAUUCAGAGGCCAGUGAGGAAGAGGAGCCCCCGAGAGCCUCGAGCUCAGCACUGAGAAGUGAUCCUGAUGAGGAGGAUCCUGCGGAUAUUGGAGACAAAUCUAUUCGGGGGAUAAGCAAGAGGAAAAGAUACUCCCUGGAUAAGCAAAGGAACUGGAAGAAGCAGUAUGUUCAGACAAGUGGAGAGGGGAUCAGCAGUGGUAACUUUUCAGAAUUAAGUCAUACAGAAGAACCUCAGGAAUCUUCUGGCUCAGUCCUAAGAAGUGGGUCAGGUAAAGAAGAUUAGGAUGCCAAGCCUUGGCCUGCAGAAUGUCAGGAAUUAAAAGCUACUGUUUCCUGAUGCAUUUUAUUCUGAGCACCUGGAAGACCUGUAUCCAGUUAAUCCUGAGAACUCCUUUUCAUCAUUUUAGAAAAUAGAAGGAGACAGGAAAUUAUUAUAAAUUCAUGUUUAACAGGAGGAGUCCUAUUGAAAAAAUGUAUGUAAUUAUAUACUGCUGUUGUGGAAGAAAUGAAUAGCAAAUGGUGGUAUCUUUUUAAUACCUACUGUCAUGCCUACUAAGAUCUUAGAUUUCUACAGUGAUAUACUGAUUGACACUCAUGUCAUUUGUAACUGUAAAAGCCUCAAAAGACGACUGGUCCUGCUAUGUAAUUAUAGACAGAAAUAAAAGCUUCAGAUCAACAACUUUCAAAUUUUAGUAUAGUUUUUGACAGAUGUCCAUCACACUGUAAUUUGAUUAUAUUGUG